UUAUAAGUAGAAAAAUACUUAUUUGUAUAAAACCCUUAGAUAUAAAAGCGAAAUUAAUAAUCAAAUUGGCAACUCUUAAUUACCAAGCAUGGCGGAUGAACAGAAAGAAACAGACGCGCCUGGGAGCGAUGGUUUUUCAGCUCAGAAUCAGCAAAAUGACGACUCAAGCAUGGGGAAUGACGGAGGAGAAAAUGCAGAAACAUCUCCAGGAUCAUAUAGAUCGAGAGAAGACGGGAGUGAGAUGGAAGCUUCAAUAACUAUUGACGAUGAACUACCACCAACCUUUGUCCGGCUGGCACCAAUUAUAACCACAAGUGAAGCCAUAGCGACGGGCGAGUCAACAUCCAGUACCCCAUCAGUCGAGGGAAUAGACCAAGCAGCAUCGCAGAACGAAGGCACUCCUGGGUCAGGGGAUACAGAAUACAAGUUUGUAGAUGGAAAAUAUGUUCAGUACACACCUACAGGUGCGGAGGGUGAUGGAAGCCCACAGUUAAUGGAUUUCAAUGGCAAGUCGUCCAGUGUGGCCUCCGUUGAUGGUGGCCAAGGAUUCAUAUGUAAAGUGUGCGGUGCCUGGUAUAAGCUUCGUCAAUCACUGAACUCGCACAUACAGGACCAACAUCAAGGCAAGCGAUUCAAGUGCAGCAAGUGUCCCUACAGCACCAAUAGGCGCCAUGACCUCUACCGUCACGAUGGGCAGGUGCACAGGGGUUCCGCCAAGCAAACAGUCCCUCUGGUCAGUCCAUUAGCACCAAAGUCCAAAAGCAACACGGUUGCAGCAGCCCUGAAAAAGCGCGAGGAAAAGAAAUUAAAGAAGGCAACCGCUGUUGGCACCACCAGCUUUUCCGCAACCAACCUGUCUGCGACCAACUUGACCCCUGCAGGCUUGAGCACCUCCAACUUAACCACAGUGAACUUAAGCUCUCCUGUCAUUAACAUAGAAAACAAGUCCGUUCGACAGGUCCUCAACCAAGGAGACGUUGCCAAUACCCAGCAGUUGGUUGUUGUGAGUGACGGGAUGCAGGGAGCUGUUUAUCCUGGGUCAUCUUCGCCUCUGCAGGAUCAGGUUAUGAAGUCGGGAUGGGUGGAAGAGAAUUCAAGCAGCAGCAAGCCGCACAGGCAAACAGAAUCCUUUGAGCACCAGCUCCCAAGCGGUGCCAUCUUCAGACGCAUCACAGAAAUCACAUUUUUCCCUGAUGGACGCAUUCAAGAGACUCGUACAGAAGAAUAUGAAAUGCCAUGAUUUCUAGAAUUGAAAAUAUAACUUGGUUUGCCAAUUCAUUAGUCAAAUUGUAUUUAUGUCAGUCUAUGUAAAAGCAUGCACAUGAAAAAAUACCAUGUAAGGAAUACAUUACAAGUGAUUUUAUUUAUGAGGUCAAUAUGUCCAAAGUAGAUGACAAAAGUUUUAAGUUGGAGACUAUUGAAAUACAUGUAAAAAACAUGGGAAGGUUUUAUGGUAGAAAUAAUUUGCAUUUAUUUAUAAAGAUAAAAUCAUGGAUUGGUAAUUGUGUAUUUUUCUAUUUUUGUGAUGAAUUUGUAUCAAGAGGCAGUACAGCGUGUUUCAGAAUAAAAAAAAUAUACAUGAUUUCGGUUAAGAGGUCAUUGAAUUUGAUUUGAAGGAGGUCUACUGGAUGACAAUAUAUACAUACAUGUAUGUACUUGCAUGAGACAAAUACUCUACAUGUAUUACAUGUAAUUUGUUUUUGUUUUCAAUGCCAUUUGGCUGUACAGCAGCCCUCAAAAUGGGAUUUUUUUCAGGAGCAAAGUCAUUUCAAUCAGGGGCAAAUUUAGAGGGGUGUAUGUAACCCUGAAAGAAGUUUAUUGUAAAAAUAGCAGAAGAAAUAAUAAAAAAAUAUUGUUGAAAGUUUUAGAAAAAUCCACCAAAGAGUAAAAAAGUUAUCAGCAUUUUAAUUAUUUGAUUUGUGACGUCAAAUGCAAGCAACUUUCCUACAUCAUAUGGUACAUUGUAACAAUCAAUGAAACAUCAUUUUCUCAGAAUAUUGAAAAUGGUUUUUGCUCUCCAUGUACAUGUACAAUUAAUUUCACACCCGUUCCUAAAAAGUAAAUAAAAAUAUAAGUCAUCACGAACUUUAAAAAAUUAAAAAUUUAGGUAUUUUAUAUAUUACAUAAGAUAUGGGGCAGCUGCUUGUUUAUGAUGUCACAAAUCCAAAACUAAUAAAAUACUAAUGAUUUUCUUAAUCUUAAAUGGAUUUUCCUUAAACCUUCACCAAUAUCUUUCAUUAUUCUGCUGUUUUUACAACAAACUUUGCUUCAGGGUGAACUUCCCCUUUAAAGUAUUUACAAUUGUGAGAAAAAGGACAAAUACUAAAAAGGGGGCACAUUUUAGUUGCAUUAACUUUGAUGAAAAGGAAGAGGGCAUGGAGGCCAUGGCUACUGGUUGUUUCAAGGCAUACGUUCAGUUUGUGGCAUGUCUGUUCAUCAGAUUGGAUAAAUGUUUAAUCUGCAAAAAAGAUUAUGUGUUCUGAAUUAAAAAAGUAUUUGGGCUUAUUGGGGUUAUUUCAUGAAAAUAGUUCUUACAAAAAGUAAAGAACUGUUUGUGAAGGAUCAAAUUCAAAUUUAUGUGUGAAUAACAGUGAACUGAUAUGGAUUUUUGCAGGUCACAAGGUCAAAGGUCGUAGACUUCAUUUUCAUGGCUCGUCACAAUUACUUACCGAUCCAAUAAAUACCAUGUAAUUCAGAAUUAAACUUGGUUUAUUUAUACAUGGAAAUGAUGAUCUGAUGAGAUAUUAGGAAAGUUUUUUUUUUUUUCAAAUAGAAUUUAAGAAUUAUUCAAUAUUUUUUCAGAUUUGGCAAUGGACAAGCAAUACAUUUUGCCUAUAUACACAGUCGAGAAUCCAUCUACAAUUCUACAUGUACCGAUAGUCUAAUAAUGAUUGAAGGGGCAUCUAAUUUAUGUUUCCAUUGUUCAAUUGGCAAAAGGAGAUAUGA